AUGAGCAAUAAACUUCACUAUUUUGUAGAAGAUAAUCAAGGCUCGAUUAACACAAAAAACGAUAUCGAAGCUAUGGACUACAUCACUGAAGAAGGACAUGAGUUUCAUUUGGAAAAAUCAACUGACUUGACAAUUUAUGAACUUAUUCAACCCACUCCUAUUGAGCUUGAUCCUGAAGAUGAGACUUCAGAAAAGCGAAUGGCGACUAGAUAUUGCCAAAAAAAAAGUCAAAAAGAUGAAGGCUGA